CUGUGUGUAGCCCUGGAAGAGGAGGUGCUUUUCUUAGUCAGAUAGUGGAAACACACACAUACACACACACAUUCCAACCAUUAUGAGACUAACUCAAUCUGCAGGAUCUGUGCAUUUCAGUGGUUUGAGAGUACAGCGAACAACAAAGUGCUAGGAAAUGCCAUGGAGUUGACAGAAUUUGUCUUCAAUCCGAAGGAAGGAGUAGACAAUCCAGCCAUGGUCAUUUCUGAAGAUGUGGUGAAGUUUACUGGCCCCUUGCCCCGGGUAUGUGUGCUGAAAAGAGAAGAGGGAGAGAAUUUCGGCUUCCAUCUGCGCUUGGAGAAAGGACGACCAGGUCAUGUGAUCCGGCAGGUGGAAUUACAUGGGGUGGCCGAGAGGAGUGGAUUGAGGGACGGGGAUCGUCUCCUGGAGGUUAAUGAACAGUUUGUGGACGACAUCGAACAUAUGGAGGUUGCCCGCAGGAUCCAGAUGAGUGGGCCUCAGCUGUGCCUCCUGCUGUUGAGUAGUGAUGAAUACGAGCAGGCUGUGGCUCAGGGCUGGAACCUGAAGGAACUGUGCAAAGCUCAGCGCGGUGAGGAGUGGAAUCCUCCUCGUUUCUGCCAUAUCAUAAGAAACCCAGUGAGUGGCCUGGGCUUGAGCAUCCAUCCAGUGGAGGGUGAGAAAGGGAAGUUCUCUAUAAGUCCAAUAACAGGAAGCCCUGCUGAGAAGGCAGGACUGAGAAAAGGAGACCUGCUGGUUUGGAUCAAUGGUGCCAUGGCUUGUGAACUCACUCAUUCUGCUAUUAACAAGAUGGUGAAGAAAUGCAGUGAUCACAUGACUGUCCUGGUGAUAGACAGCAAGAGUGAGAAGAACUACAUCAGUAGAAAGAUGGCCAUUCUGCCAGCCAUGGCUGAUGCCCAGAGCAUGCCAUACAAACCCAAAAGAGUACACCUGGUACAGGGGCCAGAUGGCUAUGGUUUCCUGCUUAGGCAUGAAAAAAUAUCAACAGGACGCAAAGUUCAUAUGGUGCGGGAGGUUGAUGCAGGCAGUCCUGCAGAAGUGGGAGAUAUUAAGGAUGGGGAGAUCCUGAUGGAGGUGAAUGGGGAGUCUGUUGCUCAUCUGUCUCAUGAGGAAGUUGUCAGCAAAGUCAGAGAGAGUGGACAGCAAGUCAGCUUCACCACUAUGACCAUAGAAGGCCAAGAUUUCUACACUAAGCUGGGUCUGUCUCCCCUGCUGUUCUGUGAAGAUCAUUCCUCUGGGAAGGAGCAGCAGGGGAAGUCGACUCCACAGGAACAGAGUCCAACAGUUCUGAAGUGGUCAGUGUCCUCAGUUGAAGCCCAGGAGGAGCUGGAAGUUGAGCCCAAACCAAGACUGUGUGUACUACAGAGAAGCCCUAUUGGAUUCGGCUUCCAUUUGGGUUGGGUCCAACAGAAACCUGGCACAUUUAUCAACCAGGUGGCACCUGGAGGCCCAGGAGAAAGUUCUGGCCUCCUGCAGGGUGAUGUACUGGUGGAGGUGAAUGGACAGAAUGUAGAGGAGGAGUGUUUAGAAGAUGUGAUUUUACUCAUGAAGAAAGGAGGCAGCUCUCUCUCCAUGUUAGUGAUGGACAGACCAGGUUAUGACUGGAUGAAAAAGACUGGAAAGCCCAUCACCUCUCAAAAAGUAGCAAAGGCCUCUGAGGAGGUGCAGGACCAUGAGAGCUCAUCAGCCACACAGCAGUCUGAUCCCGACGAGUAAUGCAAGUUCCUUCCUGAGGAUUUGGGAAGUGCAUUCAAAUCCAAUGAACAACAAUGCUGGGAAAUGUAACAUCACUGGGGUGGAAGUUUAGAUGACUGUUGAUUACCCAAGUAAAACUUGGCACUUUUUGUCAGAGCCAUGCUUAUUACUUCUUUUCUUGCUGCUCUGAUUUUAGUUAGUCUUUUAAAUAAACCACUGAACUCUACUUUUUGUUCCGAGAUGUUUUACUCAGUUCACCGCAGUGUAACUCUCUCUAGCAAAAUACACAAAACAUGUCAAAUAAAAAAAUAGAUAAAUAACACACACAAUCAGUCAAAUGCAUAGGCACUACUUAUGCUUCAUUCUGUUAUACUACCUACCUUACUUUCAAUUUACACUGGUUUGUGAAAAAUGUUUAAUUUAAAUUGCUGCUGUUUCUGUCUAAACCAAUAAAGAUUAUAUUUUAUCUACA